AUGACUACACCCACUACAGUAGAACAGGUCCAGUGUCUUCUGCAGAAAUGCGGGGCCAGCGGCCACAAUAUAUAUGACCAUUUGAGUGAUGUGGUGGCUGCCCUCGUGGCAGAACAGCCCGACGAUCCUUACGAGGCAUUCGAGAGGGUCUCGGAGUCAGUAAAGGCCCUGAAAGCAUUACAGCCCCCUGCCAACAGAGUUACACAUCCCUUACCAAAUUCGAAUAAGGAAAUGUCUUCAGCCUUACACGAAUGGCUGAAGGCUACAAAGCGACUUGUGCAAGCUGCAGACCCCGAGAAUGAGGUGCAUAUUGCCGCAGAGUGCCCCGACUUUUUAGAAGUAAACCGUCUCCUCAACUGGGCUGGCUGCGGCUUUACUGCAAGCGAAGCCUUUCGGAUCUGUUGUGCCCUAAAACGUUUAUUGGCUUCGUCUCCAGGGAUUGUCUCGGCUCGCUUCUGGGGAAAGGUACUGGGCAUCAAGAAGGACUACAUUAUAGCAGAGACACGCUAUGAGGGGGAGGAGAAUAUGACAGCUGACCAAGAGACAGAAGAAGCCAUGGAUCGCCGGGGGACGGGAAGCAACACAUACACCUACUUCGUGAUGCAUUCAGAUGGGUAUAAGUGGGUAUUGCUUCCAGACGUUUUGCCUAGUCACAUUGCAACCGCGCGGAAAAUCAAAAAGCUCUUCACAGGGGACCUCGAUAGACAAAUCGUCAGCUUUCCUUGGUUUCCGGGCAGAGAAAAACAUCUUUUAAGAGCGACAAUCGCGAUAAUAUCCGCUGAUACAGUGCUCUGCCCAGCGGGGUUGUUGCAAAUUUCAGACGAAGCGGGCGACCCAGAGGAAGACCCAGAGUUCGAAUUUCCUUCAGCCAAGGCACUAGCUAGCACUAGCGCCUGGACACACUCAAGGCCCUAUCUGACUACAGAAGGUCUCACUGUGUACCCAGAUCUGGAUGAGAAAGAUGAGAGAUAUCCUGCUUUGCAACACCAGAUGGAAGAAGACCCCAUUCUCGAACUAACCCGUCCAGCAAGUGAAGACCCUAAUUUGCCUGACGGCCGCCAGGCGUGGAAUGUGAGGCUCGUUGGAGACAAUGCCUCUUACAAGGAAGCAAGCCAUAGUACUGUGGUGCUGCGCAGCAACGCGUGGCCAGGUGCAGUGACCGUCUGCUACAAUAAGCUGUUUGCUUCUGUGUAUUGCGGCUGGGGUCUAAAAUACGGAGGUCAUCCCUUCUUCCCUAUAGCCCCUAAUGACGUGCAGCUAGAUCCACCGGAUUUGGAGGAACAGCCAGAGCCUCAACCAGGAGACGACGAGCUCUCGGAUGGGGCGAGUCAUGACGAGGAAGAGCCAGAAGAGAACCCUGACAAACAAGAGGAGGAAGAAGAAAUAGAGGAGUGA